UGUGCCCUCGGCCUGGCUUUGGCUGUUGCCAUCCCUAAAACCAGAGGCUGCGCGGGAGGUGGCUGGGGGGGGUCUGCGUGUCCCAUGCGAUGGAGAUGGGGCAGGACUUGGUGGCAAAGAGCUGGUGUGAGCCUGUGGCAAAGCGGGGACCAGGAGGUCUUGGGCUGUGCUGGGAGCAUCCUUGUCUUCUCCCCAGAACCUUCCCAUGGGGCAGUAAACUGAAAAAAAAAAAUGAGGGAGAAGCAGUUUUGUAAAAUUUGGAGGAGAGCUGUGAGCCCCAAAGGCCUGGAGGGCUGAUCCUGGAGCUGCUGGUCACUUCUGCCAGGCCACCAACUCCUGAUGUGUGACCGCAACGGCGGGCGGCGGCUCCGGCAGUGGCUGAUCGAGCAGAUCGACAGCGAGCUGUACCCUGGGCUCAUCUGGGAGAAUGAGGAGAAAACCAUGUUCCGCAUCCCGUGGAAACAUGCUGGGAAGCAGGACUACAACCAGGAGGUGGAUGCCUCUAUUUUCAAGGCCUGGGCUGUUUUCAAAGGCAAGUUCAAAGAAGGUGACAAAGCAGAGCCGGCCACGUGGAAAACGCGACUGCGCUGCGCCUUGAACAAGAGCCCUGACUUUGAGGAGGUGACGGAUAGAUCCCAGCUGGACAUCUCUGAGCCCUACAAGGUCUACAGGAUUGUGCCGGAGGAGGAACAGAAAUGCAAAGCGGGCAUUGCCAAUGGGAGCAGCCUGAAUGAUGUCACGGAGAUGGACUGCAGUUCCUCUGCAAUUGAUGACCUCAUUAAAGAGCCCCCCUGUGUCGAUGAAUACCUGGGGAUCAUCAAGCGAAGCCCCUCACCCCCCCAGGAGACCUGCAGAAACCCCCUGAUACCCGACUGGUGGGUGCAGCAGCCCAGCCCUGCGUUGCCCCUGAUGAACGGAUACUCUGGCUACGAGCAGCAUCAUUCGGGUUACUCCCAGAUGGUGAUCAACUUCUUCUAUGGCGGGAGGCUGGUGGGCCACAUCACCACCUCGUGCACCGAGGGGUGCCGGAUCUCGCUCAGCCAGCCCUCCAGCCAUGGCGAGAAGCUGUAUGCCCCAGAUGCCCUGGAGCACGUGCAGUUCCCCUCGGCAGAUGCCAUCCAGAAUGACCGCCAGAAGCAGAUCACCAGGAAGCUCUUUGGGCACCUGGAGAGGGGUGUCCUCCUGCACAGCAACAAGCAGGGCAUCUUCAUCAAGAGGCUGUGCCAGGGCAGGGUCUUCUGGAGCGGGAACACCAUGGUCUACAAGGACAGGCCCAACAAACUGGACCGGGAUGAGGUGGUGAAGAUAUUUGACACCAGUUUCUUCUUCAGAGAGCUGCAGCAGUACUACAACAACCAGGGCCGCUUCCCAGACAGCAGGGUCAUGCUGUGCUUUGGAGAGGAGUUCCCAGAUGCCGUGCCCCUGCGGUGUAAGCUCAUCCUUGUCCAGGUGGAGCAGCUGUGUGUCAGGCAGGUGGUGGAGGAGGCUGGGAAGACCUGCAGCAGCAGCCCUAUGCUCCCCAUAGCUGAUGAGACACAGCAUGACCAGGUGUACAGGAUCUUCCAGGACAUCUGUGCGACGCACCAGCGGCCGCUCUUCAGAGAAAACCAGCAGAUUGCUGUCUGAGCCUCCUUUGCCGCGGAUGUAGCGCAGUGGUUUGGGUUGAUCAAGACCCAGUUUGGUCCCAUUAGUGCUUAAAUUCCCAUUUUGAAAAGUUGGUUUUUGUUCUUUGCUGUUUCCAGUCCACAGUCUGUAUAAAUACAGCAGUGAAAAUCACCAUGAAGAAAGCAGGUUGGAUGCUCAGUGUCUGUCCCAUGGACUCUUUACUGGUUAAAAAUGACUUCUGUACCAAGCAGGGUGGUGCUGGUACUGUUGUUGGUAGCUAAUGGCAGGGGGAGGAGGCAGCAUCUGAGCUGCAUGGGGACGGUCAGGGCUGGGAGCGCUUUGUGUUGCCUUUGUUAACAGCCAGUCAAGCAGAA